GCCUCUGCCAUGGCAUUCCGUCGAUGUCCAGCAUGUCGAGAAAUCCGGUUCUGACUUGCCAUCACAGCAGCAGCAACGCACUCCCAACGCGUCAUGAUAGUCGCCUGUGCUUGGCAAACCCUGUUCCCCAUGCUUCCUGUUAAAGCUUCAAGCCCUUCAAGCCUGCUCCCCAAACCUCUUGCCAAGAGUGCUGGCACUGCCCCAGGUCAUGUCUUUCGUCAGUCUGUCAUCUACUUUUGGCAAGCGCCGAGCCAGCCGCACCAGCUUCUGCAGCGAGACUUCGCCCUCUUUCUGACUACGUACCGAGCCAUACUCAAUCCUCCGUUUGCAGUUGACAACAGGCCGUGCCUGACGAAAGCAUGCUUACCCCCGUGACAUGCUUCUGGUGGCGUCCUCGGUUGUAAUGAGGCUUACAAGGCUGGAUCCAAGAGAGGACACAAUCACCAUCCAGGCUCAGGACCAUUCGAGAUAGACCGAAGGCGCUCAGAGACUUGACCCUCCCCCAAGAUUCACAUCAAAUGCUCCAUCACACGCUUGGGCCGUAUUGACUGAGCGGCAAGAAGCCGCGCGUUAUGGCGUGGGCCAUUUUAGGCAGAGAUAUUCUUUUGCGA